AUGUCGGCUACUGGACCACCGUCGUCAUCGAUGAACGAGGGCUACGUGCCGCCGCACAUGCGCAAGGGCGGCAAGCAGGGUGGCGGUGCUCGCCCACCGGUGCCGUGGCGCCUGCGGCCCGGAGCGAAGUUCUUGACUGCGGGCCUGCUGGCGUUGGGCGUGGGCUGGACCUUCUUCUACACCAUGCGCUCGGUCUCGCAGGACGACUUUGCCGACAUCGACGACAGCGGCAACAAGAUCAGGGAGCGCCCUCGCGUGUAG